GUUAAAACUUAUAAUUACUUAAGCUUGCUGUGUAAAUAGGUGUUUUAUUACUUUGCCGGACAUCGUUUUAUUUAAAUAGGUAGGUAGCAACACUAAAAACAAUAUCCGGUGAAUUGACAAAGUUUCUAUUAUUCUGAUUGUUAUCCCAGAAUGGCGGAAUCAGUACAAAGACGCAAGGAGAAUUUUAUAAAUGGAGAACUUCCAUUACUUAAUUCGGUCUUUAACGAUGAUCAUGUGGGUUAUAUAGUGUAUCAACGACAAAGUCAUGAGCAUAGAGUAACGCGUCGAAACAGAAGCAAGUCAGAUUUUAUUAAUUUCAUCAAUUUUUUGAAAUCUGUUAUCAAGGAAGUUAAAAAGAUGAAUCCAGAUUCAAAUACUUUUAAACUCAUUAAUCUUCACAAUAACAAAAUCAUUCUUCUUUAUCGUGCGGCUCUUAAAUAUUUCAAUUAUGAUCUAUCAGUCUGGACUAAAUACAUCCAAUUCCUGAUGAAACAUAAAAAUCCAACAAUGGUACAGAAAGUUAUAGACCGUACCUUGUUAUUACAUGGUAAGAUUUCAGAUUCAUUGUAUAUUUAUGCAAUAGAAAUAGAGAUUGGAUUUUUAAGAAAUAUCCAAAAAGCAAGAGAAAUGUAUACUAGUGGAUUACAAUUACAUAAGUAUUCAUCAAAUUUAUAUUUUGAAGCUUUUAAUUGUGAACUUACUAAUUCAAAAAUGCUCAUUCAAGAGGUGUUGAAAUCAGGAAAAGAGCUGGAUUCAUAUGAUCCUGCGUUAGAUGUUUCUCUAGCCAAAGUUAUUUUUGAAUCAGCCGUUCAAAAUGUAAAAGAGGACACUGAUCUUUUCUUUCAAAUGUAUCAUGCAGCUAUUCAAUAUCAUUUUUCUUUAGAUUUAUCUAAAGAAAUCAAAAAAUUUAUGUCAACUACAUUUAACAUGGAUCCAAAUUAUUGGGAUACUUUGGCUUUAAAUGAACUGUUUGAAACUACUAACACCUAUCAAAACAUGAAUAUUAUAAAAUGUCUUAGUAGAUAUAACGCUGCAUUGUCAAUAGUUGAUACUGAUGAGAUGUGGGAUAAGUAUUUAAUCACUAUGAUCAAAAUAUUAUAUGAUGCUGGUCUUACAGAAAUUAAUAAAAUCGAUUUAAUUAAAGAAUCUCUUCAUUGCGCUCACAAGAAAAAUAAAUUGAAACCAAAUCAUUAUAUUCAUUUGAUAUUUAAUUCAAAAGGUUCAAUGCCCCUGGACAUUUUAGAUUGGGCCGUUGAAGCAUAUCCAAAUGACAUACGUAUCUUAGAAGUGCAUAUACAAUUUAAAUUAACCAAUAAAGAUGAACUAGUUGCUUACGAGUUAUUUAAAGAAAAUGCUAAUGAAGUUUCACCCACUAUGUGGCUUAUAAUUAUUAAAUAUUUUUCAAAUAAACCACAGAUAUGGCAUAUUUUCAACAUAGCAUUUGGAGAUGAAUCUUUGUGUUCUAACAAAGUAAAAAAAAAGAUUGCAAAUGAGUAUUUGUUGUGGUUAAGUAAAAAUAAAUCUUUGAAUGAUGCUCGAAAUGCAUACUUGUUGUUGAACACAAACAACAGUUGUGAUGCAAGUCUGUGCAAGACUAUGGUAACUCUAGAAACUGGACAACAAAUAAUAGACGUCAGCAGGAUUAGGCAGCAUUUUACUUUAGCAUGCAUGCAGUUUGGUAAAACCGAUAUCGAUUUGUGGAUGGAACGAAUUUACUUUGAGCUAAAUUACGGGUCACUAAAACUUGUUAUCACAACAUAUCACCAAGCGCUGAAAACUUUGAAUAAUGAGGAGUCUCAUAAAUUUGCUGAAUUACUGAAGGAGUAUUCUACGUUAAAUUCAAUUUGUAACCCUUGAUAACUACAUAAUAAUAUUAUAAUAUUUACAUUUCAAGAUUUUAUAAAAUAUAUAAUAUUAGCUAUAGUUUGAUGUUUUAAGCCAAUUCAUUUGAAAUAAUUAUAUUUUUAAGUGUUGCUAUGGAACUCUUUCAUGAAUUUCAUUAUCUAUUAUUUGUAUUCCUUUCAGAUCAUUCUUUAAUAUUAUUGUUUGCAGUAUCUACA